CGCGAAGACACGAAGAGGCUUCAGCUCUUCAAGGCUUCAGGUCGUCACUAGGCUUCAGGUCUUCAAGGCUUCAGGUCGUCACCAGGCUUCAGGUCUUCAAGGCUUCAGGUCGUCACCGGGCUUCAGGUCUUCAAGGCUUCAGGUCGUCACCAGGUUUCAGGUCUUCAAGGCUUCAGGUCGUCACUAGGCUUCAGGUCGUCAGCAGGAUUUCAAGGCUUCAAGGCUUCAUGUCUUCAGAGGAAAGUCACCCGAGAUUGCCAGCACACUGAGAUUAACAUGGAAUGAUUUGUGUAUAUAGUUGGACCACGACCCCUGCCGCAACAUUAACAUCUUCAAGCAGACAAUAAAUCCUUGUCCGCUACGGCGAAAUAGGGGCCGGGAACCAUGUAGUUAUAUGGUGCUUGUGCGGGGUUCAUCUCAUCACACCUGCGAUUCAUGUGAGUAGCACCAGCCUGCAUCAGGCUUUGGUGAUUUCGAACCAUGGUACUUGCAAAACCGAUUUCCAUUUCCGGGAGCUCGGGGGGGCCAAGCAUUCCGGGAGCUGGAUGGUAUCGUCCAAGGAGCAAACCAUGCCAUGCAUGAUGGUGCAAACAAGAUACGUAUUUGAACGUGUAGACCUGAGUGGCAAGGAGAGUGUUCUAACUCACCUCCCUGCAGCUUCGCAACCAUGUCAGCUUCUUUUCGCUGUACAUUGUAGUUCUCACCGGCCUCCGGCCGCCGAUGCCGAUGAUGAGGUCUUUGGCUUCAAUGUCUUGGGAUUGUCAAAGGCACAUGCUUCCAACCCAGUGCAACACAAUAGCCGUGUGCUCGGCACUUUGGUGCACGCGAUAUGAUCCGAUAUGCGGUCUCUCAUGAUGGUUUGCAGACCAUAUUCACACCCAUUGUUUGAUCGCACUCUCGCCUUCUCCUUGACGUUUUGGACGACUUUGGACAGCCCAUUUUGGACACCCACCUGCAUGGUACAUGUCACAACUUGGCAGAUAUGAGGCCUGGACCUUGGCCAUGUGGCCGCCCGAGUGCUUCAAGCCACCCUCCCUGCAGCCAGUGGAACAUCCAUUGCUCAGCCGCCGGGAAGAAGCCUCCCGGAUCCGCAUCAUUGGCAAGGAGCGUGCUUUGGCCGUUUGGCGUGUCACCGACACCCGGAUUGCGGUCAGAGCUGGCCCCCAUGCGCAGGCGCAGAUCGUGGAUGUCUUCUACAAGGGUGACGAGGUCCUCGCCACCGGUGCGGAAGGCCCCUGGCUACGAAUCGCCCAGGAGAGCUGGCCCAACCCUGCAGAUGCGCCCGAGGAGGCUUGGGUACUCCAAGAUGGAAGAGCCUUCGGCCUCGGCUUGCUCUUGCAGCAGGUCACUGCGCCCAGAUAGAACAGCAGUGCAGCGGAGCUUGGAGAGGAAAAGAAGGAAUUCUGGUCAGGAGUCAGGACCGUAC